AUGUCUACUGUUCCGACUGGAACUGCGCCUCCCACUGGCUCUGCGAGACCUCAAGCAGGCAUGCAGAUUCCUGGAGUCAAAAACGAGUCCCAAAAUGGCAACGACGCCAACAAGAUCAACUGGGAGUCCGAGAUUCAACUCGUCGCUUCCCUGGCAAAGCUUCAAGAGCUUGAACGACAGAUCCAUGUCUUGCGCCAGUCCGUGCCCGAUGGGGUCCUAGAGCCACUGAUACCUAUCUCAAAUUCGAAGGCAUCGCCUUUGAAGUCAGUUGCCGAGACACCAUCUCUGCUUCGCAACGAAUUGGACAAAUCAGCCCGCAACAGGCUCAGCAAUAUUGAGAAAUUUCAAUCUGUGUGGCGGGGUCCGGAGCUACAGCCGGUUUGGUCGCAUGUAGAGGCUCGAAUCAGAGAGUCUAAUGGUGAGCUCCUGCAACCAACAGGAAUUUGGGAGAAAGAUUACGACGUUCUCCUGAAUGAGUUGCUCGAAGCUGAGAAGACGAAAGAAAAAGAGGCUCAACGAGAAGAGGAGGAUGCCGAGCGUGGGAAGGCUCAGGCCUCUGAAGGGGAAUGGGAGACUAUUGUCGAGAAGUUCAUGCAACGACAGAUUCCCGGCAUUCGUGUUGCCAAGAGUCAAAAGCCCUUCUCGAUGGGCAUUGCGCUCGCAAAGGCAGGAAUGAUUCUGCUGAUUGAAGGAGUGAAAGAUGCCGAUGCACCCGGUGCCUCUGAAUGGCAAGUUCGAGCCAAGGCACCUCCCGGCCGCUCCCCAACUAGGCUGGAGAACUCUAUAAUGAAUUGCUUGAGUUCACGGCCGCGCAAAUGGGAUCUGGCUUUCUUACUGGACAUGAUCUCAUCAUACGCUGACAUCAAGUCAACACCGUGUAUCAGAUGCACUCGUUUAACCAACAAUGCUGCGCAACUCCCCACAAUCCGCCGUGUUCAGGCGGUCCAACAAUCACAGGAUGAACAGCGCAUCUUCACAUUCGACGCAUUGCAUUCCGACUGCGCUUAA